UGAUGGUCAGACGGACAUCGAGGCCGACAGUUCGGUAUGUCCCCAAGGGUCGCCGUGGGGCCAAGUCCCAGCACCGGAACCAGGUACCUCCUCUCCUGGCUUCGGACGCGGGUUCCCAUCUCCCGCGGCCAGUCUUCGGAGCACCGCCUCGCCCAGACACACCGUCCCCUCCCGCCGCCGACCAGGCCCCCGGCUGCGCGACGAGAACGCGGGGCCCGCCCCACCGCCCCCGGCCCCGGCGAGGCAGGGCUGUCAAAUCCAGCCUCUGCCCGUCCCGCCCGCUCCGCGGCGCUGCGGAGCUCCUCUCGUUCUCUGCGGCAUCCCCGGGGCGGCGGAGCCGGCGGCGAUCCGCCCCCCACCCCCGCGCGCAGCUCGGCUGCACCGGCCCCGCAGGCCCCGGGAGUCCGUCUCGAAGCGAGCGCAGUGAGGUCAGGGCCGUACGGCAGACCCUGCUCCGCCGCCGCAGCCAUGCCGGCAGCCCGCGCCGGGCCGCGCCGGGCCGCCCUGCGUCCGCAACAUCGCGGCGCCCCGUCUGUGCUGAGCCGCCCUGCGCUGGGCACCUUCUCCGCCCCGCUCGCCUCCUCCUCCCACGGAGCCACCCUCCUCCUCCGCCCCCUCUCCUUGCCAGCCUCCUCCCCGCCCUUCCCCGCACUCCACGCCGGUGCCGGAGCCGCGCGUCACUCGGGCUCCAGCCCCGCCGCAGACAUGGCGACACUGACAGCGGUCCAGCCGCUCACGCUGGACAGAGAUGUUGCAAGAGCAAUUGAGUUACUGGAGAAACUGCAAGAAUCUGGGCAAGUGCCGGUACACAAGCUCCAGUCCCUAAAGAAGGUGCUGCAGAGUGAGUUUUGCACAGCUAUCAGAGAGGUGUAUCAAUACAUGCAUGAAACCAUAACUGUUAAUGGCUGCCCCGAAUUCCGAGCCAGGGCCACUGCAAAGGCAACGGUUGCUGCUUUUGCUGCAAGUGAAGGCCAUUCACACCCACGAGUGGUAGAGCUGCCAAAGACUGAUGAAGGCCUGGGCUUCAAUGUCAUGGGAGGAAAGGAACAAAAUUCCCCUAUUUAUAUUUCUCGUAUCAUUCCCGGAGGAGUGGCCGAGAGGCACGGAGGGCUCAAACGGGGGGACCAGCUGCUUUCGGUCAAUGGAGUGAGCGUGGAAGGAGAGCACCACGAGAAGGCGGUGGAGCUGCUGAAGGCGGCCAAGGACAGCGUGAAGCUGGUGGUGCGCUACACGCCCAAGGUGCUGGAGGAGAUGGAGGCUCGCUUCGAGAAGCUGAGGACAGCCCGGCGCAGGCAGCAGCAGCAGCUGCUCCUCCAGCAGCAGCAGCAGCAGCAAACCACACAGCAAAACCACAUGUCGUUAUUCUCAAGGAAAAAAAAGCCUCAGUCAAGAGCUCAGUAAUCAAGCAACCAGAGCUGUACUUCAGGAUUCCAGCACAAGGAAACAACUACAGGAAGAGAAAACAGAAUUCAUCUGGAGAAUGUUCAGUACAAGAAGAGUGCAGUUAGGGCAGCCAUAGGGAAGGUACCUUUCAUGAUAAGGCUUUUCAGCACCCAGCAGUCACAGGUUCAUCAGACUUCUGGGACUCUGCCUGAGGAGAAGAUCACGCUGGGCAAACCCUCUGAACCCAGAGAUGUCCAGGGCUUCCACGUGGUUCUGGCUGAUCUGAUCUUGCACUCCUUACUCUUGACAGCUUGGCCAGUUGGCUUUCUUUAGUUCAGUGUAAAAUUUGGCUCAAGGAGAUCAAGAUUGGCUGCUUUUGGGAACGGGAUCUUUCUCUGUAGUUAUCUCCAGAAACCCAACAACUCCACCAGUUCAAAGUUUUCACCACCUCAAAUGCAUACAUCCUGCUUGACCGCCACUUUGUACUAAAUAUUGUAGAGCUGUUUUAACCUAACUUCCUGUUUAUAAUUUCCUGCUUUCCCCUCUGGAAAGAGCAAUUUACUAUAUUUAUAAAGUAUUCCAUUUGUAGAAGCAAUUGGCUUUUUACACUUGGUGUUCCCCAUAUAUUUUAUUAUGCAUCAAAGACAGAGUGAGGAGGUUUUUUGGGUCCAUUUUAGUUUUGUUAGUAGUAAAGGUAGGGAAUCCUAGAGCUGUAUUUUUGAAGGUAGAUAUUGCUUGUAUCUAUCCUAGCUACUAUUCAGAAUUCUAUAACUUGGAUAUAUUCUAUAUUUAUGCCAUAAAAUAUAUAUAUAUAUAUAUAUAUCUUGUCUGAAUGUACCUGUUAGAGAAGUAGGGUCUUUGCUUAGCAUGUGUUGCAAAAGUAGUAAGCUGAUGUUAGCAAAAGACCAAGCUUUGUUUGGCAGCUAGUACUGUGAGAGCAUAAUCUCAGCUUUUCUCUAUUCUUUAAGUUAUUCUCCCCAGCCUAAUGUUAAUAUAUUUUAGGGAGGAGGAAGGAUAAGUUUCAGGGCUGGAGCCUGUUGUUAAUAUGUUUUAGGGAGGAGGAAGGAUAAGUUUCAGGGCUGGAGCCUGCUGUUAAUAUGUUUUAGGGAGGAGGAAGGAUAAGUUUCAGGGCUGGAGCACCUCUCCUGUGAGGACAGACUGAGGGAGUUGGAGCUGUUCAGUCUGGAGAAGAGAAGGCUCCCAGGAGACCUUCUUGAGCCCUGAAAGGGUCUACAAAGAAACUGGGGAGGGACUUUUUAGGGUGACAGGGAGUGAUAGGAUUAGGGUGGAGUGGAGCAAAACUAGAAAUGGGUAGACUGAGAUUGGAUGUUAGGAAGAAGUUGUUCCCCAUGAGGGUGGUGAGAGACUGGCACAGGUUGCCCAGGGAGGUGGUAGAAGCCUCAUGCCUGGAGGUUUUGAAGGCCAGGCUGGAUGUGGCUGUGAGCAGCCUGCUGUAGUGUGAGGUGUCCCUGUCCAUGGCAGGGGGGUUGGAACUGGAUGCUCCUUAAGGUCCCUUCCAGCCCUAACAAUUCUAGGAGUCUAAAUUGUCUCUGUUAAGGCUCAACACAUUAUCAUUUAAACCAAUUUGAAGCUAAGACUUCUGAUGCAUUUAUGUUAUUAUUUUGUUUGUAAAUCGAACCAAAUUGGAACAUGUAAACAAAUUCUAUGACUUAAGUUCUUAAGUUUACAUGUCUGCUUUUCCAAAGAAAACAGUCAAAGCUGGAAGGCUUGUAACUGUCAGCUACUUGCAACCAUUCUAAGUCCCCAAAUGGAUCACUUUCAGCAUGCCUUCUGUGCUCCAUUAGAAAAGAGUGGGGGGAGAAAAAGCAACUUAGGGAAGAACCCUUGCAUGUUGAAGGCUCCAGCUGAUGUCAGUGUAAGUUUAGCAACCUGAAGAAUGUGGGAAUAGUCUGAACCAGUGUUCUGGUUGUGAACUUGGAACAAAGAAGCAAUUACUGUUUUGAAGGAUCUGUUCUCAAAUAGAGAGAGAGAGAGAGAGGCAAACCAAACCAGGGGCAACUGGCAGUAUCAGAGCACAUGUUAGAAACCAAAUGCAAGCCCAGCCAACAGUCUUGACAGUGUUUGAUUAGUGUAAGUAGCCAUUGAGAGGAAACCAUUGUAUUUUUAAAACCAAACAGCAUGAAUUCAUCCAGAGAAGCCUCAUUUUAUACAGAGAAGUAAUUCUAUCUAGUGGUCAUUGAUGACAGUGUUCAUUAAGACAGUGGAGUCUGAGAACUACCAGAAUUAAAGAGGAAUUAUAUUGUAUCUGCACGGUGUCUUUUUAUACCUUAAUAAAAUUGUACCUACCUAUUUUCAAGCUGUAUUCUCAGCCAGGCACUGCUGGUGGUGGUGGUCUAUAAAAUGUUGUUACUAUGACUGCACAUAACUCUUCUGUGUCUCCUCAGUGUGAUUUCAAGUGCACUGGUAACUGCAGUUUCCAGAGCCCAAUUAUUCCAGAUUCAGUCAGCCCACUGCACUGCAUUCUUCCACGCUGCCUUGCCACCUCCUCCCCUCCUGUGCCUCCAAAACCGUGGAGUGGAAUGUGCUGAUUGAAAAAUUUCAGUGCUAGAAUGCCAUUCAUACAGAGAAGCCCUAGCAAACACAUUUCCAUAUGUGAUUAUUCAAUAAAUUAUUUAUACACCCUAAAAUUAA